CAUCAUCAUUAUGGAUAAACAAAAGAGCUUUGAAGAUGUUACCAUGGUAGAAACCUCAUCUGCUGUCAACGGUCAUGAUACCCACCAAAAACCAUUGAUCCCAUCACGUACACCUUCCCAUAGUCUUCACAAGAGUGAAAAGCCCAAGAAACAAAUAUCGGCUAAAGAAGGUUGUAUGGUCAUUAUCAAAUCCUCUUGGGUUAACUUACUUCUCGUCUUUGUACCCAUCGGUAUCGCAUCCAAUUUUGUUUGGUCACCUACCGUCACUUUUAUCAUGAACUUUUUGGCCAUUAUCCCUCUUGCAAAGUUACUGGGCUUUGCUACUGAAGACAUUGCCCUACGAACAGGCGAGGUGAUUGGCGGUUUAUUAAAUGCUACAUUUGGUAACGCAGUCGAGUUGAUUAUUUCAAUUAUUUCAUUAACCCAGAACCUGGUGAUUGUGGUUCAAGCCUCUAUGUUGGGCUCGAUCCUUUCGAAUUUAUUAUUGGUGUUGGGCAUGUGUUUCUGGGGAGGAGGUUAUUAUCACAAGGCUCAACAUUUUAAUAAGACAGUGGCACAGACAUCCGCCUCUCUUUUGUUUAUCUCCGUCGCUUCAUUGCUCAUCCCUGCCUCCUUUUAUGGAUCCAUUCGAUCCGCCAACUCGGAAUCAGACGCUGAUUUACAAAGUGGCAUUCUUGCCAUUUCAAGAGCAACUUCCAUUAUUCUUCUCGUACUCUACUUUUCUUAUUUAUUCUUUCAGCUCAAGACCCAUAACCAUUUGUUCAGUCCAACAUCAACAAGCGCAAAUAUUAUUCCUCCUCCUCAAAAUCAAGAAAGAGUCUUGGAAGAAGGACAUGAGGAUGAAGAAGAAGAAGAAGAAGAAGAACCUCAAUUACCUGCUUGGAUGGCUGUCACCUUACUGGUUGUUGUCACUGCAGUGGUAGGUGUGUGUGCCGAGUUUUUAGUGUCUGCCAUUGAAGAAGUCACUAAAAUUUGGAAUAUCAGUGAAACAUUUGUUGGUCUUAUUUUAAUUCCUAUUGUGGGUAACGCCGCUGAACAUCUUACUGCUGUCACCUGUGCCAUGAAAAAUAAGAUGGAUUUGGCACUAGGUGUGGCUGUUGGUAGUAGCAUGCAAAUUGCACUUCUCGUCACUCCUCUCAUGGUCAUUAUUGGUUGGGGUAUGGAUGUAGAAAUGAGUUUAUAUUUCAAUAUUUACGAAACUGCCAUUUUAUUCAUUGCUGUCAUUAUGGUCAACUAUCUCAUCAUGGAUGGCGAAAGUAAUUGGUUAGAGGGAUUAAUGUUGAUCGCUGUCUAUAUUGUGAUAGCCAUUAGUUUCUAUUACUAUCCUGAUGAGACUGACAGUAGUACCACUGCUGCUGCUGCUGUGGCUUCCGCUAAUUUCACAAGUGUACCUGUUUAAAUAGUUUCUUUUUAUUAUUAUUAUUAUUAUUAUUAUUUCACUAAAUGAAAAAGGGCUUACCCUUAAAAUAUCCCAGCCCA